UUUUCGGCCGUUUUCCUAGCACAUAUAUGCAGUUAUGACUACACACGUAUUUUGCUGGUUUGAAAAUUGUUAUCAAAAAGAUGUGAUACAUCCAUAGGAGAGGAGGACCGGGAAAACUUCCAGAAAACUCUCCGUGGAGACGGGUUUUCGGAAUUACUGAAAAAACACAACAUCGACCAAGAGCUUCUUCUUGAAGAAGACCAACCCAUCACUUCUUUGGCAAAAGAGGUACCAGUUAGAGUCCAGCAGUCUAGUAAAGACAAAGCCAUUGUGAUUGAACACAGCAAAAGAAAGUCUUCUACUGAAAACAGUCGGGAUGAGGUUUCGUUUACCCCAAAGAAAAGGAAGAAUUCUACACCAAAGAAAAGGAACCCACCUGCCUUGAAAACUUUAGAGCAAAUAUCUGCUGAGCUCGACUUAACUGAACUUCAAGAGGAAGCAGACAAACACCAAGAAAAUCCGGACAUUCCUUUUACCAUAUCACCAGCUGAUGAAUCCAGACAACAUAGAUCUGCUUUCAGAACACCAGAAAAACACAGUGCUUCAGAGACUAGUGCAGUCUAUGGGCAGACUAUGCAGGUCAUCAAUGAGUAUCCAGCUCAACCAUCAACAUCUACAUCAUCGUAUGCUGGAACCUAUAGCUGCCAAUGUGAGAGCCAGCUGUCUCAGAUAUGGUCCUGGCUUGGAACUUUGGAACAAAGGACAGCAUGGCUUAUGCAGAGGUCUUACCCAGGACGAGUGUUUAACAAACUUGACAGAUCCAGUUUGAACAGUCCAUCAAUUGGUAAUUCAACGACGACAACAUCAUUCGUGACACAGCAAGAAGAGCAACCAUCUUCUGUGGAUACCAUGGAUAACAGCAGCACUGCAUCCCAACUGACACUGUAUGGAAGCUAUACAAAGGCCCAGUUAGUUGCCAGGAUUAACGGGGUCGGAGACUACUCCAAGGCAGCUAAACUUCUCUUUCGGCUGCUGUACCAGGAGGAAGAGUAUAGGGGCAGGACGCUUGGAGGAGGCCGGCCUAAUGUAAAAUAUGAUAGGAGGCCCGUCCUGGAGGACCUUACAAAAAUGGAUAUUAUAUAUGAAAUCAUCACAGAGAAAUACAGCAUGUCAUCAGCAGCUGUUGACGACAAAAUAAGGGAGAUUUUGAAACCCUCGAGAGUGUUUAAAAAAAUAAGACUAAAGACUUCUGACUAAUGCUGUUUGUAAUGAUUUGUGGGGAACUUAUAAUGGACAAACUUUAUGUUAUAUAAUCUUUUUUAAAUGAUUUUAUUAUUUUAAUGAGGGAACCGUGUGACCUUAUCAAGGAACAAUUUAUUGUUAUAUAUUAUUUUUUUAAUUAUUUUUUUUAAG